AUGAGACUAUUUGAUUAUAACCAAGAUGGCUUUAUUCAGAAACAAGAGCUAAGAAGAGUUUUGGAAAACUUUUGUUUCAGAAUGACUGAUUUACAAUUUGAAAGGUAUUAUCACUUGUAAAGAAUAGUUUGUGUUUGAACUCUGACGUUUGUGUCUGGAAAAGAUAUCUAAAUGUGGAGGUCCAGUGUAGGUAAUAAGCUGUCGUGGUUUAUGUCUGAACUACCUGAAAAAGAUAUCUCAAACGUGGUGAUCCAGUGUAGGUAGUAUUCUAGAUUAAUGAAUUCAUAAACCUUGUGGCAGAUCAUGUCAGCCAUAAUAUGUCACGUGGAGUCGUGGAGUGACUUUAUAUCUAAUAAAGCAUGUGACAUUAUAUAAUUGUUCAUCCUAAUUAGUAUGAUUAUAUAAUGGUCCAUCCUAAUUAGUAUUCUUUUGUAGUCGUAUUUUAGCUAUUCAAAACACGAGUAGGAGUGUUUUAUCAGACAUAAAACGCUCGGCUACGCCUCGUGUUUUAUAUCUGAUAAAACACUCCUACUCCUGUUUUAAACAGUACAUAAACUGCCGUGGUUUGUGUCUGAAUUACCUGAAAAAGAUAUCUCGAACGUGGUGGGCCAGUGUAGGUAGUAUUCUACAAUAAGCUAGCUGUCUUCUGCGUUAACCAAUGGUCUUCUCUAUCAUGUAGAUUGUGGGCCAAGUAUGGCAAGGCCAACAAUGGCAGCAUGUUGAACUAUACGGAUUUUCUUGGGGAGCUGGCGGUUGCCAAAACAAGUCUUCAAGAAGGUAUGUGUUAAAAACUAUAUCAAUAGCCAUGUUUAUACCUUAAAACGUAUGUUCUUCUUUACUGUAUAAACUUUCCAACAUUUUGUUUUGCAGAAAAGCCUACAGAGAAUGGAGCAAAAAGAUCCCUUGUUUCCCAAAAUGGAGCAAAGAGGUCCCUUGUUACCCACAGCCUUCCCACAUCACCACCUCCAGAAAAUUACAUCGAACAAACUUUCAGGGAAAAAGUAAUGCCCGAGUUUGCAAGUUUUCUAUCAGCUUCAUUUAUACUCCGUACCAGGUUAUCCGUGUGGACGAGCCACUUGAGCAAAUGAGUUUAUAAUCUGUGCCAAGUCAUUUUUUAAUACCAUGGACUGGUGAGGCAUUUGCCCCACUGGGCCCCUUCCUCUGCCCCACCACUGAAGAAACAAAUGGCCUAUUGCCCCAAAGCAUGCAGGGCCCUGAGACCUGUAUUGAGUAAAUGAGUUUAACAUUGAAAAGAAGUUUAAAAAACAAAAUUUGUUGGUCAUUAUACUUAAACUUAUGUUAUGUUUGAAUGUUUAGCAUGCAAUUUAUUAAAAAUUUCACCAUUAAAACUUUGUUUUGAGAAGCUGAGAUUUUUUUCAAUGUGUUCUCAGAAUGCAGGAAAUGCUAUGUCAGAGACCCAAAUUUUAAAAAUUUCCUGGGGGGCAUGCCCCAGGUUCACCCCCCCCCCUAGCUAACUCGUGCCUGCGGUACUCUGCUCACACCUUCGGCGAUCGCAUACUAUGCUGGCCCGGGAAGGCAAGGAAAUUGGGUCCUUUGGCAGUUUUGCCCCACCACUGAAGAAUCCUUAAAAAAUGCACUGAUAUGUGCAUCGUCUGCGGUUGCCAACCAUCGGAUAAUGAUUUUUUUAACCAUUGUAAAUUAUAUAAUACUAGUUUUGUUUGUUGGAACACCACGUAAAUUUAUUUUACUGCAAAGCUUUCCAUCACACAUUAUUAGCUCUGAUGAAGAUCCGGGCUUACGUGUCCAAAGCUUUGCAGUAAUAAAUUUACGUGGUGUUUCUACAAACAAAAAGUAUUAUAUAUUAGAGACAAAGGAUCAUCGCUCGGACGUCCAAAUUCUCCUUAUAUUUUUCAGGUAGUUGCAUCCCUGUCAAUGAAAGCUUGUUUUUAUGUAAAUUUUUCUAUCUAAUGUCAUGUGUAUUAUUAUUAUUAUUUAAUCUUAUUUGGAAACGGUAACCCUUCAGAUCUACUAACAUCUGAUUUCCAAGGGGCCGUUUACAGUAAUACAAUAAAAAUAUAUAUAAAAAGACAUUAAAGAACUAACCUAACACAAUACAGGAGCUAUUUACAAACAAAUGACAUAAUUAGAUUCUAUUUACUGUUCGCACAUUUCGUCUAUUCGUAAUAAAUUAUAAUCAGCUCGAGAGAAUUGUUUUAAUUGCCAAAUAGGCCUUUCCCCUUUUGAGUGAAAUUUUGAUCUGGAUAAAAAUUUCAUCACAGCUUGAAAGAGUAUCACAAAAUUAGUAAUAUUCCAAAGUUUCGUUGCGAAAUGUUGUAAAAUGCGGAUAAUAUAGCCUUGCGAAGUUUGCCGUUUUUCAGUCAUUUUGCAUUACGCGGGGGAAAUUGAUAAUCAGAUGAUCAAACUGAUUAUCAAUUUUCCAUUUGUAAUACAAAAUGACUGAAAAACGGCAAACUUCGCAAGGCUAUAUUAUCCGCAUUUUACAACAUUUCGCAACGAAACUUCGGAAUAUUACUAAUUUUGUGAUGCUCUUUCAAGCUGUGUUUGUCUAGACUUGUCUAGAUCAAAAUUUCACUCAAAAGGGGAAAGGUCUAUUAUAACGUGUAAUUUCUUUACUUUAGUUUCUUGCGAAUUACGUGGUAAUAUAUCGAGCUGUGAUGAUUCUGGACCAUCGAGCAACUGGCUAUGUUCCUUUGAGCGAAUUUAAGAAGAUCAUUGUCAAGUAUACUGUUUCAAUGCCAGACACUUUAUUUCAUUCUCUACUGCAACGGUAAGAUAUAGAUCAUUUUACCUUUUUUUUACCGUUUUGUUUGUUUGCAUUUGUGUUUGUUUGGUUGGUAAACCUUGGUCAAAUGACAACAAGAGUUGUUGAGAGUUGAGAAGCGAGAGUUUGCAUGAGAGUUGUUGAGAGUUGAGAAGCGAGAGUUUGCAUGAGAGUUGUUGAGAGUUGAGAAGCGAGAGUUUGCAUGAGAGUUUUCUCAACUCUCAUGUCCUGAUCAAAUGAGAACAAGAGUGAGUUGUAUGAGAGUUGAGAAGCGAGAGUUUGCAUGAGAGUUUUUCUCAACUCUGAUGUCCUGGUCAAACGAGAACAAGAGUUGCAUGAGAGUUGAUGAGAGUUGAGAAGCGAUAGUUUGCAUGAGCCGUGAGUUUUCUCAAUAUUUGAAAAGGGAGUUUUGCUAUUUGAAAAGGGAGUUUUGCUAUUUGAAAAGGGAGUUUUGCUAUUUGAAACGGAAGUUUUGCUAUUUGAAAAGGGUGUUUUGCUAUUUGAAAACGGAGUUUUGCUAUUUCAAACAACCGACUCCAAUGUUUCUUAGUGCCAUCAGUGCAAUCAUGUUUCAUGCCAAGACAUCUCAGACACAUGAUAUACCAACUAAAUUACGGUAUUGAAUACCUUGGACUUGGAAAGGUCAUGUGGUACCAGCAAAAAAUAAGUACGCAGAUAGCAAGAGUUCCGCGUACCUACGUGGUACGUGGCUGAAAACAAAGAAGUACCAGACAGUAAUAUUGGCGUACCUGCGGUACGAAAGUACGCGAAUUAUCGCACCCUGUAUUAAAUAAUGCCCCAGUCAAACUAGAACAAGAGUUUCGUGAGAAGUGAGUGGAUAUUACCGCGCGAUAACGAAAACUCAUCAACUCUCAUCAAAACUUGGAACAGUUCAAAGUCAAUGAGAGUCGAACGCGAGCGAGAAUUGUAACUUUCGUCAACUUUUAUCAACUCUUACAGUUGUUUGAUCAAGGGUGUUAGGUUUGCACAUUACGAUUGAAAAGAUACAUGCCUAUUUUCUUGUGCGAGACAAUGGUUCGAGAUCGAGGCUAACAUGACAUUUCAUUAUAGUUUCCAGUGGGAACAUAUUGUCAGUCUUCAAUUCAAAUUAUUGUUUCGUCUAAACUCGUGUUUACUAUUUUUAUUCAUUUCUCUAUCCAGGUGUGGUAUUACAGUCAGUUAUCGCAUUCACUACGAGCGUUUUAUCGAUUAUUAUGGCAAAGCUCAGUAAGUGAACGAAUGAAAGACUUUAUUGUACGAGGGUAAACACUAAACAGUAAAACUGGUAGAGUUGUGGCCCUCUAAAUGUACAUAAAUACCGAUAUUUUAAGGCCUGAACUCACGGUGUAAGUUUUAAUUUAGAACCAAUAUUUUAUGGCAACCAGAAUCAACGACAACUCAGGAAGAUAUCUUCAACGCUCUUCAAUCCCACAUCAAUUCCAGUUUCUCAAGUAUUAAAGAUGCGUUUUUGGAGUUUGAUUACGUAAGUGAAAUGUAAGGCCGUCUGAGGGGUGGACCAUGGCACUAGGUAUCUUUGAAGGGGGGACCACUAGAUAUCCUUGAAGGGAUGAGGGGAAAUUUCUCUUGCAAGAAUUUUUUUGAGCUUUGUCGGAGAAGCUGUACAGGAAUUUUUGUAGUAUGUAUUUCUGUAUAUUCCCUUUUUUCUUUCCCUAAAUGUUUGCAUAUUUUUUUCUAAAAAUUCCAGUCUUUGCAUAUUUUUGGGGGAUCAACAGUACCACAACAGCCCAGCUAAAUUAAAAAGUGACCAACAAUAGGACGGUUGGAUGCUGUCUGGCUAGACCCUGGGUAAUUGCUUGCUGCAUACUGUAGAUAUAAGUGAUCAUCAUUUAUCUUUUUUUGUAGAACAAGGAUGGUAAGAUCAGUCGAAGUGAACUGCGUAGAAUUGUGGAAAAAUUCUCAUUCCGUCUCUCUGAAGAAGAUUACGCAAAGUUCAUGUCACGAGUUGACCCUGAGCACAAAGGAUAUAUAUCUUAUCACACAUUUCUGGAAAUCUUUGAAAGUAAACCCAAGGUUAAUAGCAUAAUUUUUCUUUAUUGACCUCCAGGAAGAACAGUUUAGAAGUGAUAUAGAGGUAUCCAGUAUAAAUAAAGUUAGUUUAGUCCAGUUUAGGUUUCCUCCUGUAGUAAUACUGGAUCAAUAAGAGGUGAUCCUUACUGGACCUCUAUGAAGAACAGUUUAGAACUGAUAGAGCUAUCCAGUAUAAAUAAAGUUAGUUUAGUUUAGAUUUCCUCCUGUAGUAACACUGGAUCAAUAAGAGAUGAUUCUUACUUGACCUCUAAGAUUAAGAACAGUUUAAAAGUGAUAGAACUAUCCAGUAUAAAAAACGUUACCUAAUGAGUCUUUAAUUUGUUUGAUUGUAGCAUGGUCAUCCAUAUUUGAAAGAACGUAAUAUCUCGAAACAAGUUUCUCCUCCAGCUGUAAAGACUUGGUCCACGGUGAGUUCCAACUAAUCGUCCAAAGGUUACGCCAAGCGUUACAGGGCAGCAUAUGCUCUGCCAACUGAGCGGCGAGGUUAAAUCGGUUCGAGUGGUGAUAUUUCGGAACUGAGUCUAGUUCCAUAGAUAUCAAUGUAUUCUAAGAUAUGAUACUUUGUGUGUGUUGGUGUUAUGUAUUGUAUGUAUUGUAUUGUAGUAAUACAUUCAUUAAAAGAAUGUGUUUCUAUUUUCAGGUGGAAGAGAUUCUUCGUAAUAAAAUCAAAGACAACUGGCAGUCAGUUUCCAAUGCCUUCAUUGAUGUCGACAUGAACAGAGAUGGUCAUUUAUCUCGGGAUGAGCUACGCAAGUUGUUAGAAAGAUACUGUCUACCCUUAACUGAUGAGCAUUUUGAAAUGUAAGUAUAAUGUCACCUAGUUCUGAAGUCGUGUUGUGACGUCACUCUUUCAGCAUGACGUCAUGCAACGUCUAGUAAUUUUAUAAUGAUGGCGUGAUCACAGCAGCGUCAUAUAUAUCUCUAGCUUGCUUGUUUGUUCAGGAGCAAAUAUUCAUGAGCAUUUUAUUCGUAGUUUUUAAUUUUUCCUACUUGGCAGGUUGUGGAGUUUAUGUGAUGAAAAUAAAGAUGGAAGAAUAUCUUUCAAUGAAUUUCUAAAUAAACUGGUGAGUAAUGUUUCUGGGUCUCCCAGGGAACAAGGUAUGUUUUGCAAUGGGAACAAGGGAACAAAGUCAUAAAUAUCAGGGAACAAUGAAACAUGUAAGUUGGGGGAACAAGGGGAACAUGGUGAAAUUUUUGUGGGGAACAAGGGAACAAAAUCAUAAGUAUCAGGGAACAAUGAAACAUGUAAGUUGGGGGGAACAAGGGGGACAUUGUGAAAUUUUUGUGGGGAACAAAGGAACAAAGUCAUAAAUAUCAGGGAAUAAUGAAACAUGUAAGCUGGGGGGACAAGGGGGACAUGGUGAAAUUUUUGUGAGGAACAAGGGAACAAAGUCAUAAAUAUCAGGGAACAAUGAAACAUGUAAGCUGGGGGAACAAGGUGGACAUGGUGAAAUUUUUGUGGGGAACAAGGAAACAGGAAACUUUUCCAAGAGAACUCGGGAACACUGAUCCCUGAGUAAUUCUUUAAACGUGGUGGUCCAGUGUAAGUAUUUCAGAGAUUACACUUCAUUGCCAUCUUCACUAAUGUUAAAUACUGUAUUACAGGGAGUUGAUAUCAUCUCGUCUGAUCUGCAUGGGUUUAGCAUGAAAAUCACGGACGAAAGUGAAGCGAGGGAAAGUUUUAUGAAACUAGAUCAACAUUUAAGGUAACAAGACAUUUAGUUAGAGCGCUGCACCGGAAUCGCAGGGUCGAUCUACCAGAGGAUGCAGUGUUGCAUUUUUCACAAGCGUUCCUGGUUAAGUAUAAAAUGUGGAUAUAUAUCGUCACUUAAUGAAAAUGAAAUGGUUUACAAAUUUUUGUAGGGGAGAUCGUGGUCCAGCUGAGAUAAGAGCGCGUCAAGCGGUUGGCAUACUUAGGGUAAUUAUGUUAAUGUCAUAAUUUGAAAUCACGCCAUUUUCUCUAUUUCUCUAUUACAUUUUCUCUAUUUUCAGUUCUAAAAUCAGUACUAACAAGGGACAUAAAUCUUAGUACUAAUUAUAAUCUCAGAAAUGCUGAUAUAAAUCUUUCAGUUCCUAAACCACGUACUGAAUAUUUAAAAAAGAGUUUUGGAUAUAGCGGGGCUGUUCUAUGGAAUAGUUUACCUACGCAGGCAAAGCAAACAGAAUCUUUAAGUAGCUUCAAAAAUUUGAUAAAAUAAUGUGUGCUACAGAGUCAGGCAUCGAAUAGUCUUGGGUUUUUAACUUUUUUAUCUACGUAUUUGUUAUUCUGUGUUAUUCUAUUUUAUAUUUAAUUUAUAUUAGUUUUUAGAAUGUAAUUUGUGUGACGCCCCUCAUGAAAAUCAUCCAUGGGUAAUGAGGGAAGCGUGGUUAAACGUGGUUUUAUAAUAGUUUAUACCUGUAAACCACAUAUAAAUCAUAAGUAUUCUCUAGUUAUAAUCACUCCGCGCAUUUUCAGUUCUAAAAUCAGUAAAAUGUUGUAUUUCGGCUGAUGAGAAAUAUCGUGACUCAAUCUUUACGACCAUAUGAAACCAGUCCUUACCUCUGGCUUAUAAUGGGUCGUUCCAGAAAAGAUCCACACUCCCCCCACGGAGGAAAUUUCUGCCGUCCGGAGGGGGAGGAGAGACAGAAUUCUUUCUGAUAAUAGUAAAUGUAUUAGGACAUCUGAAGGGGGUAGGGGGGUUAACUUCCAAUUUCCUCCAUGGGAGUGGUAUGGAUGUUUUCUGGAAUGACCCAUUCUCAUUUUGAUUUAUUCUCUCUAUUAAGAAUUACGUGAUGCAAAAGUCGACGGACUUGAGGAAAAUGUUCGUGAAAUUUGACUCGAACAAUGAUGGGGAAAUAUCUGGCAAGGAAUUCCGCAAGGUGAGAAAUCUUUGCCGGUUCUGCUGGGCUGAUAGCUCAUGCUUGCUCCUCGCUAUGACAGGGGAGAGGUGGGGACUGCCCCCUCUUCAAUAAUUUCAGAAAGCCUUUGAAUGAUAACUGAAUAACUCUGUAACAAAGCUGUCACAAUAAUUUUGCAAUCAUGAAAACAUUGGCAGGCUAUAGAUUAAGGUAUAUAUACCACAUGAAAUUUAAGGCAAAAAAGUUUAAAGAACUAAAGCCCAGGGCAAACUAGGAAACAUUGUUGCGGAAACAUUUGUGAUUCUCGAUGUUUCCUCAAAUGUUUCCAUGUUUGCCCACCCAUGGAAACAUUGUUGCAGAAACAAAAUUUGCUUCCCGGGAAGCAAAAAUGUUUCCUACCAACUUUAAGAACAUAUGAUGUUUCCCUAUGUUUCUCACUAAUGUUUUCGAGUGUUUGCCCACUCUGGGAAACAUGGCGAAACAUUGACAGGAAUCAAUGUUUCCGCAACAAUGUUUCCUAGUUUGCCCAGGGCUUAAGAUUUCCAGCUACAAAAAGUGGUCAUAUGUUGCUUACCUGACACCCCGCCCCCCCAAUAUUUUGCUAUAGUAUCCGUCAAUGAACAGGCAGCUUACCAUUACACAGAACUAGAUUUCCAGCUACAAUAAGUGGUCAUAAGUUGGCUGGCCUCCCCUCCCCUCCCGCAAUAUUUUGCAAAGUGUCCGCCACUGGACACACCUUUGCUCCCUGCAUUACACAGGCGUCAGAUUAUUUCUCAUUGUUUACAUAGAUUUUGGAAUCUCUUGGCCUAACCAUGUCAGAACGUGAAUUCGACAUUCUCUGCACACAGUAAGUAUAGCAUUCAAAUUUUGAUACAAAUUUUAUCGAUAUAACCUUUUAGGAAAGCUCAAAAACUCGAAGCUCACAACUUAUGGAAUCAAAUGCUUUCCAAGUGAGCCUCUGGUCAGUUAGGGGCUAAUCCCAACCCAUCCUGUCAACAUUCCGUAUAUGGGAAUCUCGUUUCAAAGUCGUGGAUUUUCCCCGCGAGUAAUCCAAGCCUUCAAGCGGAAGAGAUUAUUUCGCUGGCCUCAAAGACCCUUCUCCAAACACCAACUCUAACCCUAACCUAACCCUACUCCAAAUUUGUUUCUAAACCAAUCUUGAAGAAAAACGUUUUGACGAAAUGUCAUUGUGAGGUCAGCGAAAUAGUUGAUGCCCCUUCAAGCCCCGAUGUCAGUGACGAUUUUUCUGACGAUUGCGCCUCUGAUAAUUAUAAUUUUAUUUCCUUUCUCUCUAGGGUUGGAUUUUCUAACGGUACAUUAUUGUACAAUAAAUUCCUGAAACAUUUCCAAGGAGUGAGAUCUUCUCGAAAUAAUCUUGUAGACAAACCAAGGUAUUAUUGUCUGUUUCUACCUCACAGUACAACUCAAUCAAUUAACUUCAUCAGAUUAUUCUCCCAUUGUUCUCUCUUUGCAGAUAUGAACACAAAGAAGAUUCAGAUGCUUUAUUUUCUGCGGAAGAAGCCGAGGCUAGAAUUAAAUCAAAAUUACAACAAACAUUCUCGGUUAGUGAAUGCUUUCAGUAAGCUUUAAGCAAGUGUGAGAACGGCUUUGUAAUACUAAUUAAUUUUAAUUAGCACUGAUUCGUAUUAAUUAAUUAAUCAGGGUCUUCGAGAAGCUUUCUACAAAUUCGAUGAUAAUCAUGAUGGGCAAGUCACAAGGGGAGAAUUUCGUCGCGUUUUGAAAUUAUUUAUGAUCACGAUGACAGACGAUGAAUUUGACCGACUUAUGAAUAAAUUUGAGUUUGAAAAAGAUGAGACUCUGAACUACCGUGAGUUCCUGAAGAGAUUUGAAAAGUAUGAAAACAUUGAGAGUCAUGGCUGGCUGAAGGGGAAACGCAAGUAAGAUUAUAUUGUUUGUUGUGCUGUGUGUGUUUUGAUGUUCUCCAAGUAAUGCCCACACCAGACAAGUAGAAAACUACUUGAUCAUGGUGGGAUUUGUACUCAGGUAGAUUAUAUAUAUAUUGAAUGCAUGAUGUUCUCCAAGUGAUGUCCGCAUCAGACAAGUAGAAAACUACUUGAUCAUGGUGGGAUUUGUACUCAGGUAGAUUAUAUAUAUUGAAUGAUGUUCUCCAAGUGAUGUCCACACCAGACAAGUAGAAAACUACUUGAUCAUGGUGGGAUUUGUACUCAGGUAGAUUAUAUAUAUUGAAUGAUGUUCUCCAAGUGAUGUCCACAUCAGACAAGUAGAAAACUACUUGAUCAUGGUGGGAUUUGUACUCGGGUAGAUUAUAUAUAUUGGAUGAUGUUCUCCAAGUGAUGUCCACAUCAGACAAGUAGAAAACUACUUGAUCAUGGUGGGAUUUGUACUCAGGUAGAUUAUAUAUAUUGAAUGAUGUUCUUCAAGUGAUGUCCACAUCAAACAAGUAGAAAACUACUUGAUCAUGGUGGGAUUUGUACUCGGGUAGAUUAUAUAUAUUGGAUGAUGUUCUCCAAGUGAUGUCCACACCAGACAAGUAGAAAACUACUUGAUCGUGGCGGGACUCACUCGAUGAUCUUUAACCACUAUGUUGUUCUCUUAGUGCAGCGUCGGCCAGUGAAGUGGGGUAUGUGACAGCGGAGCAGGCAGAUGAGAUCAUGAAAACCAAGGCAACGCAACAGUGGGAUGAUAUCUCCAGAGCAUUUCGAAAUUUUGAUGAAGAUGGGAAUGGGAUUGUUACCAAAAAGGAAUUAAAGAAUAUUUUAUAUCGCUUCCAACUCUCCUUAACUCAGCUGGAAUUUGAUAAGCUAUGGAACCGGUUAGUUCACGAAAUGAAAUAUACGACUACGAAUGACCAUUAGAACACGGUUAAUAGAAUUAGAAUGACCAUUAGAACACGGUAGAUAGAAUUAGAAUGUCCAUUAGAACACGGUUAAUAGAAUUAGAAUGACCAUUAGAACAGGUUAAUAGAAUUAGAAUGACCAUUAUAACACGGUUAAUAGAAUUAGAAUGACCAUUAGAACACGGUUAAUAGAGUUAGAAUGACCAUUAGAACACGGUUAAUAGAGUUAGAAUGACCAUUAGAACACGGUAAAUAGAGUUAGAAUGACCAUUAGAACACGGUUAAUAGAGUUAGAAUGAUCAUUAGAAUAUGGUUAAAAAAUUAGAAUGGCCAUUAGAAAGACAGUGACUCGAAGUAAAAUCCUUGUCAACAGAGAAAUUAUACGAAUUUACUUUCAUUGCAUAAUUUCGUCCAGACUGAUCAUCCGUCUCCAGUAUAAAUACGGCCAAUUAGAACAGUUACUAGAACUUUAGUAAAUAAAACACGUGUUUAUUGAUUAAGAACAUGGGUUUAUUGAUUAAGGUACGAUACUGAUCGCAAUGGAUACGUGGACUAUAAGGAAUUUGUUGCAAAACUUGGAGUGGAGUUUGCCUCUGGAGAUACAGAUGGACACAGUAGAAGAAUUAUUGAUGAGAGUUAUGAUACGAUCAUGCCUGAGUUCAAGAAUAAGGUACUUAAUUCUCUCUAUAGAGAUCCAGUAAGGGUCAUCUCUUGUUGAUUGAUCAAGUGUUACUACAGGAGGAGACCUAAACUAAACUAACUUUAUUUACACUGGAUAGCUCUAUCAGUUCUAAACUGUUCUCCAUUGAGAUCCAGUAAGGAUCAUCUCUUAUUGAUUGGUCAAGUGUUACUACAGGAGGAAACCUAAACUAAACUAACUUUAUUUACACUUGAUAGCUCUAUCAGUUCUAAACUGUUCUCCAUAGAGAUCCAGUAAGGAAUGAAUCUCUUAUUGAUUGGUCAAGUGUUGCUACAGGAGGAAACCUAAACUAAACUAACUUUAUUUAUACUAGAUAGCUCUAUCAGUUCUAAACUGUUCUCCAUAGAGGUUCAGUAAGGAUCAUCUCUUAUUGAUUUAGUAUUACUACAGGAGAAAACCUGAACUACUGUAAGCUAACUUUAAUUAUACUGGAUAGCUUUAUCAGUUCUAAAUUGUUCUUCCCAGAGAUUCAGUGUUAUUAAAUGAUCCAGUGUUACCACAGCAGGAAAUCCAUGAAUGAAAGCCAUGUGCACUUAAUCACUCCAUGAACCAACUAAUAAUAAAAUAAUUGAACCUAAUUCUUUGUUUGUAGUACAGGGAGAAUGCGAGGAAAUCAGACGAAGUUAAGGAUGAUAGCCAAGUCAAUCUAGAGCGACAGAGACCGUUGACAACGGACGUUGAUAAAAAGUUGAGAGAAAUCAUCCUAGCAAGAUUUUAUAAGUUUGUCAAGGUGCAUAGAACAUCGUUUUAUUUUUUUUUUUUUUACUGUUCACGUUAGAUAUCAAAGAUUUAGCGUUCGAAAAGCAAGCCUCUGUAUAUUUUUGUCUCUCUUAGGCUCUGGUUGAAGCGGAUAUCAAACGCAAUGGCAGUGUCACGCGCACAGUUCUUCAUAAAAUCAUCAAUACAAAUGGCCUCCACAUUACUAACCAUCAGAUGAAUCAGAUUUGGAACACGUUCCCUCAGAAUGAAGACGGAUCUAUUCAGUAUAAAGAUUUUCUAUCACUUUAUACCAACACUAAAAAUACACCGCGAAGAAAUAAGUCUUCAACUGCAAGAACUCCACAGAAGGUACAUGUAAAGAUUUUAAAUACUUUUAUGUAAGUAUAUAAUAGCAUGCAAUAAAACAGUUAUUGGUCGGUAUCUUACAUCAUGGAGAGAUAAUCAAUGGCGGAAAUCUUGGUGGGGCGGGGGCAAACCACUUCACGGAAAAUUGAUGAACUUUCGUCAAUUUUCGUUUUAUCUUUUCGACUGCAAAUGAGAGGGGGGGGGGGGUGUCGGGAAUUUAAAAGUUUUGUUGGAAAUUAGAAGGCUUCCCCCCCUGCCACUGGAGAUAAUACAUGUUAUUGAAUGUAUACACACGUAAAAACGUGUUACAGGUGAAUUGUCACAUAUCUGUUAGUACUUGUAACAAGGUUGUUGCGAAGACUCGCUGCUGUCAGUGUCAGUUAAGCACGAUUACAUCAUGCAGUCAGAGGUUGUACGUGUUCUUCAACGUGCGCUAUCGUAGAAUUCAAUAUUGUAACAGACAUCUCCUGAAUUUGCUUGAAUGUAAACGCAACAAUAGAUAGCUGAAAUCGAUAAGUUCUUUUCAUUAGCAGCCAGCAAAUUCGAGAUGUGUUUUGUCAUAACUUAUAUCUUUUUUUAGUUCCAUACCAGGGUAAGGAGUGCCCCUUUAACGAAGCCUUCAACUCCGUAUGGGGUAUUUAGCCCUCCUGAAAGAAGACAUCUGUCUGACAGAAGAUCAACCCCAGCAGUUAGACCCAAGUCUGCAAUCAAGAUCUUGACUCCGCCUGGGUAUGCGAAAGAAAUUGAGAAACGCAUUAAGGAUAAGGUUUGUCUUGUCUACUGUAUUGAUGUUUUGAUGAUCGGGAAGAAGAAAAUUCAAUAUUUUUUUUCAUGAUUAACAAAAAUAGAAAUCUAAUACAUUUCUUUUUAUAGAUCUGUGAUAAAUGGCGAGAAUUAGAAAACAGUUUUUUGGAAUACGAUGUUUUGAACUCGGGAGUUGUAUCAUUACAAUCAUUCAAAGGUAAAAAUGAUCUGUAGACUGUACAUUUUAAAAUUGCAUUUUGGAAGCAAAGUUGACUCAUUAGUGAAGUUCUAAUUCUCUUACUUUUACUUUUGUUCCAUGUAUGUUCUUAUUGUUCUAAUUACUAGAUGUAUUAUUUGAUUGCAAUGUACCACUCACACCAGACGAGAUUCGUAUUGUUGGAAGAAAAUAUGAAGUUGGUAACACGGGAAGGUAUGUUGUUGCAAUUUGGUAAUCAUUCUCUUCCUAAUUGACGUUCUAAUGUGUUCGCUGUUUUAUUGCAGUAUAUCUUACAUGGAAUUCUUACGAAGUUUUCUCGAAGAUCAAGUGAAUGACCCGAGCGACAAAACUCUCUAUCGCUCGAAACUGCAACCAACUCGCAUUCUGGUAAGACAGCUUAAAGUUGACAUGUUUACGAUUUUAGUCUUGAAAUCUUGUUCCUGGUGUUAUGCGCACCAUAGAAUCCGCAGAAAGCACCAACGAUCGUAAAAACACACUGAUAUCGAAGGAACUAGACUGAGUUCUACAAUACCAUCAACUCGAACCGACCUGACCUUGUAGCUCAGUUGAUAGAGCAUUUUAAUGUCUCAGCUUCGAUUCCCACCAAAGUCAGGGUUCAAAGGUCUCAAGACCAAAGGACCAAAAUCUCAGGACCAAAGGACCAAAGUCUUAGGACCAAAGGACCAAAGUCUCAGGACCAAAGGACUCAGGACCAAAGGACUCAGGACCAAAGUCAAAGGACGAAAGUCUCAGGACCAAAGGUCUUAGGUUCGAUUCCCACCGCCGUCAAGCAAACUUUUCAGUUUACCCAGUGUGAACACACUCAUGCAGAGAAACAUCACAAACACAUUUAACUUGAGUCUUGUUUGCCCAUUUUUAACUUAAUUUCAUGUUUUAAUUAAUAGUAUAGUCCUGGUAAAACCACUGACCAAUUGCUGGCUCUGAUUGCAAGGUUACGUCAGCAAAUACGUCAUGAUUGGAAAAGCAUGCGCAGGUCAUUCAGGGUAAGCUUGUGAUUUAAUUUAACGCGUAGAAGACGUACCAGUCAGGACCUAUUUUUAUCAUUUCGGGAUUGUAUCCGUCACCUUAACUGCAAAAUUUCUCGAUUCCAGGCAUUGGACCAGCGCGGCAAUGGAACUUGUAGUACCCUGGCAUUCAGACACAUCUUGAGAAAAUACAAUAUUGAAUUUACUGAAGAAGAAUUCUAUCACCUGGUAACUUAUUAUGAUAAGAAUGUGAAUGGUAGGAUACCUUAUAACGAGUUUAUAGGAGCAAGUCUUGACUAG